GAACCAAUGUGAUGAAGGCGGCAAAGAGGAGGGAAAUUUAAAAAGUGCGGACUGCAUGUCGGUGACAGCAGAACAACUGAGUGGCUUGAAUAAAUCAGUCAGCUUGCAACAUAAAAACCAAGCAGUCGAAGAAUAUGAUUACUAUAUAUAGACAUAUGAUUCUUGUGUAGGGACUAGACACCUCAAUGUCACCAAAUGGAGACUUAUCACAACCAGACAUUGGACUCACCCUCCAAAAACAGUUACAUUGGGAGCUAUUACCAGCCUCCAGACCGGAUGCGACCACUAGCAAGACAGCUGGAGUUUCAGGUUCCCUCAUCAAUCUGCAUGGACCCACAGAUAACCAGCCCUCGAGGGUCUCAUACCAAAGCUAAUAUUGACAGCACAGCUGUUGUUGAUGCACUGAAGACCCUCCAGGAGAAAAUCAGGCGAUUGGAGCUGGAGAGGAAGCAAGCAGAAAAGAGCUAUAGUCAAUAUUCCCACGAUGUUCAGAAGCAUCAACAGGUCACGGCAUCAGUACCCAGUCAAACAGCAGCAAGCGUGCCUGAGACAGAAAACUCUGGCAGGAAAGAGUUGGACUCAAAGCUGCAGUCUGCAGAGGCUCGGUGUAAGGUUCUUGAGAAGCAGCUGGACUACAUGAGGAAGAUGGUUGAAAACGCUAAGAAGGAGAGGUAUGCCCUAAAGGAGAAUCAGGCUUCACUGCAGAAACAGCGGCCAAGCAGCUCAAUCUCCCAAUCUCAGCGUGAGAAGCUGGAGAAACUAGAAUCAGAGUGUAUCAAAUUGAGUCGGACCCAAACUCUGGCAGAGGCAAAGCUUGCCAUUCUGGAGCAAAAACUCCUGCAUGAAGAGCAUGAGCGUAAACUUGUGCAAGUGAAAGCAGACGAGCUGCAGAAGGAAUUGAACACCAACUUGCGAUUAUCUCUGCCAACAACUGAAGAAAUAAAGCCAAAGAAGAAAACAAAAAAGACCACCAAGAAUAUCUCCACAGAGAAAGAGCUGGCAUCACCAAGCGGCCCAAGGCACAAAAUAAUGCCCUUUGUUGCAGGAACGUCGACCAGCCCGAGCCAUUCAGUCCACGCCAACAUACAGAGUAUCCUUCACAUGAUGAAGCACCAUCAGCCCCAGCUGUGUGAACGAGUGAGCGCUCUGCAAAGGUCUGGUUGUGCGGCCAAGAAAAGCCUCCAAAAGGACUUCUCUCCAUCUUCCACCACCUGUAACAAGCCGGACAGGGACCCCCAACGAGCGCAUGAGUCACUUGGCUCGCUGUCUGACCUGCUGCUCGCUCUGCAGGACGAGCUAGGACAAAUGAGCUUUGAGCAUCAGGAGCUGGUGCAUCAGAUAGAUGCAAUGCAACAUGGCGAGCAGAUGCAGGAUCUGCAGAGAGAACUGGAGAGGCUGGUCGCCAGGAUGGAGGAGAAGGGAACUCAGAUCACUAAACUCCGCAAACACCAGCAGACGGUCCACAAAUUGACCCAUCCUGGGGCUGAGGAUCCUACAACCACUAAGCCAAGUAGCAUCAGGCCUCCUGUUCCCUCUCCUGUGAAGGCUCAGAAGAAAGGAAAGAAAAGCAGGCCCACUAACAACAACCUGCAGCUUCUUAGAGAAACCCAGAAGUUCAGAAACAAACUAAAACAGGACGACCUCUGCUGGGAAACAUGAGGCUCUCUGAGAGACCUUUCUGUGUGCAGGCUUUGAUGCUACAGCUGGUUGGACCACAACACUCCCAUGGUUCCUUGUGGUCUGUUUUCCCUUCUCUUCAAAUGGCCUCCUGGAUAUUUUUUUAGUAACAACUGAAACGAGGGAAUAAAGUGUUUUUGUGUUUCCCACAGGACUUGAUAAUGUUUUUCUCCUUAAACCUGUUAAUCAAUGGGUGAUGGACUUAAAUGAAGUAAUGCACAUACAUGGGUAGAUAGUGUAUAGUUUAUAAUUAAUGAGCAUGAUAUCUCCAAUGAAGCUGGAGUAAUCUAUUUGAAUUUAAAUCAUUUUAAUAAAGCCUUUGCUGUCAAUAUAGUAAGUCAAAUCUUUUCUCAUGUUGCUUCUGCCAACACAAAUGUUUUUCUAUAACUGCUUCAUUGCUUUAACCUCACACUAGGGGGCAGUGCUCAGCCAUAUGUCAAUGUUACAAAUGUGAGGGAUUACACCACACUGUACAGUUUCAUGCAUAAUAAAAUAACUUAAGGAUGUAUGGGCGCAGCAGCAAGAUCCUAGUGUCCUUAACAGUGUGUAAUAGAGAUGGAGCAACUUUGUUUACUCUGUUAUAGCAACUGGUUGGACAGCUGAGUAAAUAUAGCCCUGGCCACUUGACAAACGGAUGUGGUUUCUGAUCGAGGUGCACGAGUGGAAGGAACAGCUUCUUGCCACAGGAUUGUGCAAAUUCACACUGCCAGAACAGUCACAUUUCUGUUUAUAUUCAAAUGAUGGCUAUUACUCUUUUGGUCACAAGUUCCUGGUUGGCCUUGCUAUUUUGCUUUUUUGAGUCAGCCAUCUUUUUAUGCAAUGAAUAUGUGAAGCUGCAUCAUAACAUUCUUGCAUUAUCUCCUUGUUAUCAGGCCUGUCAACAUUUUUAUUAGGUCACAAUUUUGAAUUAUGAACUUCAAAGCUUGUAAAGUCACUCCUUAUCCAAACCACAGAUUCCAGUGUUUUUUUUUGGUGAGAAAUUGUUGUG